AUGAAAUACACGAUUCUAGUUAUAGUUUCUUGUUAUAUUGAACUCACUCACGGAGUUAUUGCACCCCGAGGAAUUGCAGAGAAUGGAACCACGAUUCUACGUCCUGUGAUCAAUUCUACUAUUGUUAGCGCUGCAAAAUCCACACAUAAGCUGUUGGAAAAAAUUAAUACGUCUUUAAACCUUCUUAAAGAUGCAUUAGAAAAAGAUUUGUUAGCGGAUCCACAAGAAAAAGCGAGUGAAAUUAACCAGCGAGCCUUUAUCUAUAUAAAGAGCCUUAAACCUGUUCAUAACAAAAUCUAUUUGGCUCAAAAAGACGACCGGUCUUAUAUGAUGCAAGAAGAUAGACUGUAUGAAGACCUACAACAUAAAUUGAUGGCGGUACAGAAUAAAAAAGAACUUGCUUACGUUAAAGAUACAGAUAACCCAAAUAUUUCAGGUAGCGGAUGUAACAAUUCCAUACAAAGAAAUAGCAAAAGGAUCAAAGGACUGAAGAAGCUCGAUAAAAGUCACUACGACAGACGAGAGUUUUUAGAACUCCUCAAAAUUCCACUACUGCGGACACUCGUGAAAAGUGAUGUUAUAACUCAAAACUCAAAUAAACAACCGGAAGCGAAAAUGAGUAAUAAAGGUAAUAAAAUGUCGAAAAGUACUGUCCCAAAUCUUAUAAAAAAUUACCACAACGAAGACUAUAGUGAAGCGAAAAUGUCUGGUGAAGUUGAUAAAUUAAUUGAGCAGUUUAUGAAUAUUUCUCUAGAGAAGCCUCGCUAUGAACUCAAACAUGCAGGAAUGGAGAGUGAUUGUAAUAAUCACGAGGGUCACGACCAUCAACAUACUACAUGUAAAUGUAAAACGGGUCCGUUUGCCACAGAUAAUAUCAUGCCUUAUAACAGUUAUGAUGAGAAAUAA